AUGACCCGGACCCUGACCAUGGGUCAUGGGCCUGGUGCCAUGCCAGCAACUAGAGUUAUAGUUGUGAAAACAAAGUCUGGGAGCCUGGAAGAUCGCAUAAGUCCCUGGGCCACUUAUGUUGUCAAACCACCAAAGAUUGAAGGCCUUGCAUACUACUGGGUCUUUUGGAAUCCACCACAGAGGCAUGUAUUUCAGCACAAGAAGCCUGAAAAGCCAAAAAGCCUUCGGGUAUAUGAGAGUCACGUCGGAAUUGCAUCUUAUGAGGGCAAGGUUGCCACUUAUGCCGAAUUCAAGGAUAAUAUCCUUCCUCGCAUAAAGAAGCUGGGUAAGGCCUCCUAUUUGAACAUUUCCCUACAAGUUGCUCCUGGGUACAAUGCAAUCCAGUUGAUGGCCAUCAUGGAACAUGUGUACUAUGCCAGCUUUGGGUAUCAGGUGACCAAUUUCUAUGCUGCUUCCAGUCGAUAUGGAACUCCAGAAGAACUCAAGGCACUUUUGGACCAGGCCCAUUCAAUGGGACUCACUGUUUUACUGGAUGUGGUUCAUUCACAUGCAAGCAAGAAUGUGUUGGAUGGUCUGAAUCGCUUUGAUGGGUCUGACAAUUGCUUCUUUCAUGAAGGAGGUAGAGGUUUUCAUGAUCUCUGGGACUCUCGUCUCUUCAAUUACACCAAUUGGGAGGUCCUUCGUUUCCUUUUGUCCAAUCUACGGUGGUAUAUGGAGGAGUACCAGUUUGAUGGCUUUCGUUUUGAUGGUGUGACUUCUAUGAUGUACCACCACCAUGGAAUGGGAUUUGGAUUCAGUGGAGACUACAAUGAAUAUUUUGGCAUGGCCACAGACACAGAGGCUCUUGUCUACCUCAUGCUUGCUAACCACAUGCUGCAUGAAUUGUAUCCCAAUGUCAUCACUGUGGCUGAGGAUGUUUCAGGAAUGCCGGCACUUUGUCGCCCAGUUCAUGAAGGUGGUACAGGCUUUGAUUAUCGCCUUGGAAUGGCCAUUCCUGACAAGUGGAUUAAGAUGCUUAAAGAAUCCAAAGACGAAGAUUGGAAUAUGGAAGAAUUGGUGUGGACACUGAUCAAUCGCCGACACAUGGAAAAGACCAUUGCAUAUGCUGAAUCCCAUGACCAGGCUCUGGUUGGGGAUAAAACAAUAGCCUUUUGGUUGAUGGACAAAGAGAUGUAUUGGUUCAUGUCUGAGGCGAGUGAUCAUUCACCAAUCAUCGAAAGAGGCAUUGCUUUGCACAAAAUCAUUCGACUUGUCACCCAUGGAUUAGGAGGAGAAGGCUACCUCAACUUCAUGGAUUAUGUGAAUAUUUCAGGGAAUGAAUUUGGGCACCCAGAAUGGCUGGACUUCCCUCGACUUGGGAACAAUGAGUCCUACCAUUAUGCCCGGAGGCAGUUCCACUUGGCUGAUGAUGAGUUGCUCAAAUACAAGUAUUUGAACAGGUUUGAUGCUGCUAUGAACAACCUGGAGGAGAAGUAUGGUUGGCUUCAUGCUCAUCAGGCAUAUGUGAGUUGCAAACAUCAAGAUGACAAGACGAUUGUAUUUGAACGAGGUGGGCUUAUUUUCUGCUUCAACUUCCACCCAAACAAGAGCUUCCCUGACUACCGCAUUGGAGUCUGGGAAUCGGGCAAAUAUCGAAUCAUCCUUGACUCUGACGACAAGGAAUUUGGAGGUCUGGGACGCCUGGAUCACAACACUGAUUAUUUCACUUUUAAUGAGGGGCAUAAUGGAAGACGAUACUCUUUGAUGGUUUACCUCCCAUGUCGAACUGGAUUCAUCUUGGCCCGCAUGGAUUAGAUGAGCUUCCUGGCCUUCAAGCAUUUCUUUUAGUGUCCAGAAAUAGGUUUAUCAUCUGCAUUUCGCUCUGGGAGAAUCUCACCCAUUUGUGCAAUACAUCUAACCCCACUGUGUCUAGUCUGUGAGACAUCUUGGUGCAAUUCGUCGGCCACAAAUUUUUACUAUUUUUGUUUUAUAUGAGCUUUGGUUGCACUUGCUAGCGCUUUUGUUUGUUAUCAUCCAAAGUUUCUUUUUUUUAUAUGUUCUUAGAAAGGUGCUUAUAGUGAAAUGCGAUGAUCUGCUCUUCAUAGAAUACAUAUAUUUUCUAGCCUGAA